AUUUAUAAGCAACCUGGAUACACCAGGACAAACGAAAUGACUUGAAAUUAACCUCCUGCCAUUUUGUUUCAGUCGAUUUACGUGAAAUAUAAAACAGGCUUAAACAAGGGCACGAGACUGCGACGACGCAGUUUUGAGACGCGGCCUCGCGCGCUGUAAACACGCUCAAAUAAUUUGGCGGUUGGAAGGAAGUUGUUUCGCUGUCGAAUACAUGUAAACACUUUUUAUUUUGUGUAUGGAGUUAGUUGCAUCAAAUUAAUUUUGCUAUGGUGUAGAUGUUUUAUUUAAUAGUUUCCACACGGUUUGUCCAGUAAAUCAUUGAGUUCGUUUAGUUGUCGUAUGGUCCUGCUCUGAAAAGCAUGAUGUCUAAACUCCACAAGACAAACGGCAAAUAUUUAUGGUGGUGCCUCCAAAGUCUCGAAUUCAGGCCGGAUGUCGCAGCAAAAAACAUAAAACACCUCAACCUGGGAGUGAACAUGUUUGAUAAGCCAAACAAAGAGGCUUUCUAUAUUGUCAUCCACUUUUUGUUUGAGAAACUGAAUCCCACUCGUGUUCAGGAUGUUUUCAGAAAUUGCUGGCCAGUUUGGGAUCAUAAACGUGAUGCUGAGUUUCGUAAGGUGACUUUUGGAUGGCUCCAAGAAAUAGCGAAUGAAGAAGGUAGCGCUUUUCCCAAAGUGGCUGCAUCCCAUUUGCUUUCCCCGUCUGGACCAAGAUUUAUCAACUUGAUGCUUCACUUAGCCAAACAUGUCAUGCUGAAAACAUUGAAGACAUUUGCCAUAGAUGGUGUGUGGGUCCCAGAAGCUGCUGCGGUACCAUCGAGUUCACAGGAUUUGGAGAAAAAGAGAUUUCAGAUGGUGAAGAGACAGUUUCAGAGAGUGACUGUAGAGCAGGACCGUCUUAUUCAAGAUUAUCAGAAAAGAGCAAAAGGUUUGGAGAAGUCUUUGAGGGACCUUGAUGCAGAAGAUGCCAAAUAUGAUCAUUUACUUAAAGAACAAGAUAGUAGCACAGAUUUGGAGGGAGAAAUUCUUGCCAAGUAUCAGAAGGUGCGAACCCUUUGGGCUGAGACAGACAGAGUCUUAACCAUCCUUGAAGGAGAUCGAAAAGUUGUAGAGAGUGUGAUCCGAGGACAGGUAGAUCAGUACACCUUAGAUGGGCAGGACCUGAAUGUGAAGAUACCAACGGUUCUGCGUGAAAGAUUGGAGCGGUUAUCACACCAGUCCAGUGUUGGUAGCUUGUAUGAGGCAGGGCAGCCUGUCCUUGUGCGUCUGCUUGAACUUCUGAAUGAGGGAUUAUGCAUCCUUAAUGAGGAAAGAGAGAAGAUUGCAGGGCCCACUACACAUCUUCAUCACCAGGCUCUUCAGGAACAGGCUUUGCUGUUUAAUCGCUCUAAAGAAAACCUCAAGCUCAUAAGGCGAAAACUUGUCAAAGAGGAUGCAACUGAUAUUAAAAACUCCAUUAGGAGGCUGGAGGAGGAGUGGGAAAGGACGUGGGCUGAGUGUUUAAAAAACACACCACUGACGUCCUUUCUUAAGGAGGAGGAACCUGUUCUUGACUUUGUCUCCCCGAUGGCACCUCUGUCAUUUGAGCCAGCUUCUGAUGCUAGCUUCAAAGCUAGUGUCAUCUCACAAUAUCCACAUAAACUACCUAAGCUGCUAGAGCAGACCACUAAAAGAAGACCAGAGGUGGAGGAAACAACAGUUCAUCCAGAACCAGAAGCCCAUCUGGAACCAGAAAUUAAAAACACUUCAUUGCCAGCUGAAGGUCAAAGGUUUUUGCUUUCCUCUGAUUGUUGCUUUUCUCCGAGACCAGAACCAACUUGUGAGGUUCCUCCAUGUGAAACUCCUUUGACUCGCCCAGUCAAAUUUCAUCCUGCGGUCCAGACACCCAGUCCGUUACAGGUAGCAAGCCGCAGAAAAAGUCUGCUCUCAAAAACAAAGACCUCUGUCAUGAAAAACAAGGCCCAGAUUCUGGAUCUGGAAUGUGACAACUUGGCAAAUCAAUUUGCAGAUGCUGUGAUCAUGAGCCCAGUGAAUGGAAGGAGCGACAUGGACCUGGGGCAGUUGCUGAAUGCCAUAUCUGACCCCUUUUCAACUAGGAAGCAGCUGUGCCGCACACCUGAGAGUCUUAUUAAGGAUGUCAGAAGUUCAUGGAGAAAAGCUGUGGAGGAAGGGGUUGCAGAGAAAAAGCAAGCAUCUUGGGUUAAGGAAGAUAGCUUAUCUUGGCUUAAGACGCCUCUGGCUGAAGCAGAGUUGAAUAGGCCAAGUCCAGAGCCAUCACUUUUCUUUGACACUACUCAUCAGUGCACUCCUCCUCCUGUCCAGCAGGGGUCCUCCUUGCACUCAACUCUGUCAUGGGACUCCUCACAGCUGGAGGCUCAUAACAGCCAAAGCUCAAGUGAGAUUAUUAAAUUCAGCAUUGCUCAUGAGGAGCUCCCAGAACUUUUUGAGGAUGACGUUUCAUUUAACAGCGACGGAUCAAUGGAGAUCCAGGGGAACAAGGAAAAUGAACAAGAACUUGUCCUGUUGCCUGUUUUGUCACAUUCUCCUGAUGGAGAAUCUCCACUACAGAUGACCACUAAAGACUUGUGCAUCAAGUCUGAUUUUAUAUCCCCAGAACUUUCAAAGAAAAGCCCAGGGUUAAACCUUUGGGCGGGUGAUGAGACUUUGUUUUCUCUGGAAUUGGACAAACUUGAGAGCGUUUCCCCUCCUCCACCAGAGAAACUUAGUCUACCUUGUUUAGUUAAUGUUAAUUUAGAUGAAUACUAAUGCAUAAAGGACUCUUAUGGUUUACAUACUAAUUUUACCCAGAGCAUCUGCUAAAUGGGAUUUCUUCUUGUACUUGACUCGCUCUGCCUAAUUGCAAUGACAUUGCUAUUAACCAGCUGUAAUGCUAUUGUCUGUAAACUAAUACUUGUCAUUUCACCAUACCACAUGUAUGUUCAUGAAUUACAUCUAUACUAAAUGUUUUAGUACGUACGUACAAACUAAUUAAAUUGUGCACUCGUACAAUGUAAGAGGUAAAUGAAAUGUUAAUGUGGUACAUCUUUUGUAAUAAAGGAUAUUUUUGCAAACCCUCUUCA